CGAAUGUAGGUUUGACGUUUGACGAAGUGACGGCGGAAUCUACCCAAUCCAUCGUCCAUCACGGACUUCCUUGAUCGACAUCAUCGUGCGACGUAUCCAAUGGCGGUAUUUUGCUGCUCUGGUAAAGCUGCGCGAGGACGCGGCCGUGUAACGGUAGCACGUCGUUACUGGCGGUCAUGUAACGAUCCCGGACACGUCGUCCAGGGAGCACCGAGUCCGAAAAUCUAAAUGUCAGAAUAUCCGCUGAUCAAAUACGGAAUAUCCCGUUCUCUGACGAAGCUAAGAAUGCGUCGUCGUUAAACGCACCGCGCCGCUGCUGAUAAUUGCCGUACGUUUAUUUGCAACGUCCACGAAGAUGGGCUUUUCCACGAGCCUGCAGGGCCAGGCAUCGCACGAGGCGCUACUGGCUCGCCAGGAUGCCGAGAUCAAGCUUCUGGAGACGAUGCGAAGAUGCCUUACAAUGAAGGUCAAGUCCGAUAGAGAAUACGCUUCUACUGUUUCCUCGCUUAUCGUCCAAGGGAAGAAAAUUGAGCGCAGCGAAGAUCUUGUUGGCAGUCUCAUAGUGCAGAGCUGGAGAGACAUUAUGGACUCUAUCGAUCAGACAGCUAAAUUGAUUAAACAACAGGCAGACAAUAUUGAAAAUGUUGUGGAUCAGUUGAAUACAUUGUAUUCGGAAAGGAGAAGGGCCAGAAAGCUUUAUCAAGAGGAGCAGGCCUGGCUGACUAAUCAGUUUCAACAGUUGACAGAUGAUGUAACUAAGAAAAAACUAGAGUAUCAAAAGAAUCUGGAAAUGUAUAAGUCAAUGAGGUCGCGAUUUGAAGAAUAUUAUGUCAAGUCUGGCCGGGGUGGUCGCAAAUUAGAUGAAGUAAGGGAAAAAUAUCAAAAGGCAUGCAGGAAACUUCAUCUAACGCACAAUGAAUACGUAUUAUUACUAGGUGCUGUGACAGAAUGCGAACAUGAUUUAAGAACCUGUUAUUUGCCAAGUUUGCUUCAUCGGCAACAAGCUAUUCACCAAGAAUUUAUAACUUCGUGGAAAGGAGUACUUCAGGAUAUUGUAAGAUACUCGGAUUUUACAACAGAGAAAUUUCUGGAGAUCCAUGUACGAGUGCAAAAGAUAGUUGACAGUAUUAAGCCUAUCGAAGAGUAUAGAGAUUUUAUUGGAAAGCAUAAAACUAGGCCAGCAUCUCCAAUCAGAUUCACGUUUGACGAGAAUCUUGUGGAUGAUACCUCAGGGAAAUUAUUGCCAAAUAAGUUGACUGUAGAUAAUCUAACUAUAGAUUGGUUGAGAACUCGUCUUACGGAACUCGAAGCUUCUCUCAAGACCACACAACAAAAUCGACAGAGUCCUCAAUUUUUGCAAGAAAAUAAUAGUGAUUCUAAGAUUUUAGUUUUGGACUAUUCUCGCGAAAGGGAAGAACUGAAAUUACGUUGUCAGGAGAAAAAAUUACAAAGACAGGUGGAAGCCAUUAGGAGUGCGCUUAAUGAAUUAGGCUGUGAAGAAUUACCUCCGGGUUGCGACCUCUCUGUAGAAGGUUCUUUCACUGAUUCACCUACAAUUAAUAAAAGAAAGAGAGUUGUAGACAGUGGUCUGUUCACAUUAAGGAGAAAUCAACGAUUUAUGACAAUAUUAAAAUCACCUUUUAAAUCCUUGCCAGCAAUUAAUGAUUCAAAAAACGGACUAAUUAGGGCAAAUAGCGAAGGGCCUACAGCCAAAGCAGACAAUAAUAUCCCCCCUGUUGUACCGUCGCAUUUAAUUAACAACCAAAAAAAUAACGGCGAUCUUAUAGAGGAGGAAUGGUUUCACGGAGUGCUACCGAGAGAAGAAGUCGUAAGAUUACUUGUUAACGAAGGAGACUUUUUAGUACGCGAAACAAUGAGAAAUGAUGAAUGUCAGAUAGUUUUAUCCGUUUGUUGGGACGGGCACAAGCAUUUUAUCGUACAAACUACAGAGGGUCACUAUAGAUUUGAAGGACCCACAUUUCCAUCUAUUCAAGAACUAAUCAGGCAUCAGUGGCUAUCCGGCUUGCCGGUGACUAGUCGAUCUGGUGCUAUUCUUAAAACGCCAAUAUUGCGCGAGCGAUGGGAGCUUAAUAACGAUGAUGUCAUCCUUUUGGAGAAAAUAGGUCGAGGAAAUUUUGGGGAUGUUUACAAGGCGCAACUGAAGACUUGUAAGACUGAAGUAGCCGUGAAAACGUGCAAAAUAACGUUACCGGACGAACAGAAACGCAAAUUUUUGCAAGAAGGGAGAAUAUUGAAGCAAUAUGAUCAUCCGAACAUAGUCAAAUUGAUUGGUAUCUGCGUUCAAAAACAGCCGAUUAUGAUCGUGAUGGAACUGGUGCCUGGUGGUUCGUUACUUACGCAUUUACGGAAGAAUGCCAGUACAAUAACCCAGCGGGAGCAAUUGCGUAUGUGCAAGGAUGCUGCAGCUGGCAUGAGCUACUUAGAAUCUAAGUAUUGCAUUCAUAGAGAUUUAGCCGCUCGCAAUUGUCUCGUAGGAUACGAGUGCAUAGUCAAAAUCUCUGAUUUUGGAAUGUCAAGAGAGGAGGAAGAAUAUACAGUCUCAGAGGGUAUGAAACAAAUUCCCAUUAAGUGGACUGCACCAGAGGCCUUGAAUUUCGGUAAAUAUACAUCGCUUUGCGAUGUGUGGAGUUAUGGAAUUCUAAUAUGGGAAAUAUUUUCCAAAGGCGGCAAUCCAUAUAGCGGUAUGUCCAACAAGCAAGCACGCGACAAGAUAGAUGCAGGAUAUCGAAUGCCAGCUCCGGAUGGAACACCCGAAGAGAUCUAUCGAUUGAUGCUGCGGUGUUGGGAGUACGAACCAGAGAAACGACCGCAUUUCGAUCAAAUAUUCACCGUGGUUGAAAGGCUAUCUCAAGCAUAUCUAUGAGUAUUAUAUUAAAAAUAUUUUAUGUGGGCAUAUAGUUUCCCUAUGCUAUAGUUUCCCGACACUUAUUUUGUAUAAUUUACGAAUUAUAUGAAAUUCAAGUUGAUAUCUAAAAGAUACAGGUUUUAAAAGUAUGAAAUGCUCACAACCAAACUGUAUUUUAUUCUGUAAGUAUAUAUAUGUAUACGUAUGUAUAUAUAUCAUGGAUAUACUAAGAUAUAUCCAUGGUAUAGAUAUACUAGCAUAAAAAACACAUUAAAUUGCCAUUAUUAUACGUCAUUGCGAAAUCGCGUCGAUGUGAAUGCCAUUGGUUAUGUUUUUUCGCAAUAUAUGUUUAAUUAA